CUUCUCUAGAUCUUCUCAUCAUACCGAUACCGGCCUCAACGCCCUCUUUUUCCCAGCCUCACAACCAAUUCCUGUUUCAGUCGAUCGCAGUUAGCAUGGCCACGACACAGAGCUGUCAGAGCAGGAGCAGCGCCUGCAGCAAGGCUGCUGCUUGCUUCCCGGCCGCCGUAGCGGUCGACGAGGAGCACGGCCACCACAGCCACCAGCUGAAGGGAGGAGCGCAGGAGGAGGCUGAGAACGACAAUAAUAAGCCGGAGCUCCGGCGUGGCCCCUGGACGGUAGACGAGGACCUCACCCUCGUCAACUACAUCGCCGACAACGGCGAGGGUCGCUGGAACAACCUCGCCCGCGCCGCCGGGCUGAAGCGGACGGGCAAGAGCUGCCGGCUGCGGUGGCUCAACUACCUCCGGCCCGACGUGAAGCGUGGCAACUUCAGCGCCGACGAGCAGCUGCUCAUCCUCGACCUCCACACCCGCUGGGGCAACCGAUGGUCGAAGAUAGCGCAGCACCUGCCGGGAAGGACGGACAACGAGAUCAAGAACUACUGGAGGACCCGGGUGCAGAAGCACGCCAAGCAGCUCAACUGCGACGCCAACAGCAAGCGCUUCAAGGACGCCAUGCGCUACCUCUGGAUGCCGCACCUCGCCGACGACGUCGAUACCAUCGCUGCGGCCAACGACGACGACGAAGACCACCACCACCACCUACGCCUCCUCGUCCUGCACCACCACCAGGCCCAGCACCUGCAGCAAGCUGCUGCCGCGGCCGGCGGCGCUGCCAACGACCUUGCUGCGGGCGCCUACGACGUCCGCCAGCUGCACGCGCUGCCGUCGUCGGGCAUGGCGGCGACGUCGUCGUCCGACUCGCUCGCGUCGGAGUCGUACGAUGACGGAGGCCUGCUUUUCGCGAACUUGCGCGCCGGCGAGAUGCUGAUGGACGGCGGAGAUUGGGCGGCGCAGCAGGAGGCCGACCAAGGGCUGUGGCCGCCGCCGCCGCCGCCGCCGUCUGAUCUUGAUCAGUCGGUGGUGCAGGCUGCUGGUGCCGGCGCUGGCCAGUUUCAGGACAUGGAGCUCAGUGGUUGGGUGCAAGGCUUCUCCGAGAGCAUUACAGAUAACUUUUGGGCCUUGGAGGAAAUUUGGAAGAUGCAAUGAGCGAGCAAUUUUACAUCUUACACAUCCAUCCAAAUUAAAGACAACAUAGAUACACAUAUACAUAUCAUAUAUUCUAACAACAGGUGCCAUAUACGAUAUACAUACACAAGUUGUUGUAUAGUUGUAUUCCGCUUAUAUAUAUAUUUUUUUUGCCUCUCAAUGAAGUUCAUUCUUAU